GGCUGCUCCAGCCGCCGACAUCUUGCCUCCGACCGGAGGAGACGGAGAGUCCGGGCUUCACGGUCAAAUGUCCGGAUGGAGUGACAGCGAGGCCCGCGGGGUGCUGAGGGAGGCCGUCCGGAGACACAGCAGCCUGGAGCGGUGACUCUUCAUUAUGAUCGGCUCUGACUGACAGCGGCGGCCAUGAUCGGAGGACUCUUCAUCUACAACCACAAGGGGGAGGUGUUGAUCUCCAGAGUUUACCGCGAUGACAUCGGGCGAAAUGCGGUCGACGCCUUCCGGGUCAACGUCAUCCACGCCCGGCAGCAGGUGCGCUCCCCGGUCACCAACAUCGCCCGGACCAGCUUCUUCCACGUCAAGCGCUCCAACAUCUGGCUGGCGGCGGCCACCAAGCAGAACGUCAACGCCGCCAUGGUGUUCGAGUUCCUCUACAAGAUGUGCGACGUCAUGACGGCGUACUUCGGCAAGAUCAGCGAGGAGAACGUCAAGAACAACUUCGUCCUGAUCUACGAGCUGCUGGACGAGAUUCUGGACUUCGGUUACCCUCAGAACUCAGAGACCGGAGCUCUGAAGACCUUCAUCACUCAGCAGGGCAUCAAGAGUCAGCACCACAGCAAAGAGGAGCAGUCCCAGAUCACCAGCCAGGUCACCGGGCAGAUCGGCUGGAGGAGGGAAGGCAUCAAGUACCGCAGAAACGAGCUGUUCCUGGACGUGCUGGAGAGCGUCAACCUGCUCAUGUCGCCGCAAGGCCAGGUGCUGAGCGCCCACGUCUCCGGCCGGGUGGUGAUGAAGAGCUACCUGAGCGGGAUGCCCGAGUGCAAGUUCGGGAUGAACGACAAGAUCGUCAUCGACAAGCAGGGCAAGGGAGGGAGCUCCGAGGACGCCACCAAGAGUGGGAAACAGUCGAUAGCGAUCGAUGACUGCACCUUCCACCAGUGUGUUCGCCUCAGCAAGUUCGACUCUGAACGCAGCAUCAGCUUCAUCCCUCCGGACGGAGAGUACGAGCUCAUGAGGUAUCGAACCACCAAAGACAUCAUCCUGCCGUUCAGAGUGAUCCCUCUGGUCAGGGAGGUCGGUCGCACCAAGCUGGAGGUCAAAGUCGUCAUCAAGUCCAACUUCAAGUCGUCGCUGCUCGCUCAGAAGAUCGAGGUCCGUGUUCCCACCCCUCUGAACACCAGCGGCGUGCAGCUCAUCUGUAUGAAGGGGAAAGCCAAAUACAAAGCCAGCGAGAACGCCAUUGUGUGGAAGAUAAAGCGAAUGGCGGGCAUGAAGGAGUCUCAGAUCAGUGCAGAGAUCGAGCUGCUGCCCACCAACGAUAAGAAGAAGUGGGCGAGACCUCCGAUCUCCAUGAACUUUGAGGUCCCGUUUGCUCCUUCGGGUCUGAAGGUUCGCUACCUGAAGGUCUUUGAGCCCAAACUGAACUACAGCGAUCACGACGUCAUUAAAUGGGUUCGGUACAUCGGUCGCAGCGGGAUCUAUGAGACACGCUGUUGACGCCGCCGGGGCUGAUGGGAAGGAAUGGGGGAGGCCCUGUGACAUCAUUGUUGUUGCUGUUGUUGUUGUUGUCGCCGUGGUGAUCUUCAGACACACAUACAUUUCCUGUUUAUUAUCUUCAGUUUACAAACUCGUAUUCUGCUCUGUGGCCUCUUUAUUAUUAUUCCUGUUACUGUUGUUAUUACUGUUGUUGUUGUUUCUGAGCUUCAACCAGCUGCUGCCGACACAUUCCCGCGUUAAGCUCUGAGGGACGCCGAUCAGCCAAUCACAUUCCAGGAAACAUCAAGGAGCAGGGUUUAAAAAAUGACUUGAUGUAGAUCUCAGAGCUAAAUUCAUCUUCUGUGUUUGUGUCGAGGCAGAAACCCGACAGACCUAAAACUUUCAGACCUGGACACUUAAAUCCAGACCUGGACACUUUAAACCAGACUUGAACCAGACCUGGGCACUUUAAACCAGACCUGAACUGGACUUGGACACAUUAAACCAAAUCUGAACUAGACUUGUACCAGAUCUUGGCACUUUAAACCAGACUUGAACCAGACCUGGAAACUUACCUGGACACAUUAAAUCAUAUCGAAACUAGACCUGGACACUUAACCAGACUUGAACCAGACCUGGAAGCUUUAAACCAGACUUGAACCACGAGACCUGGACACUUUAGACCAGACUUGAACCAGACCUGAAAGCUUUAAACCACAUCUGGAAACAUUAAACUAGAUCUAAACGGGACCUGGACACUUUAGACAAGACUUGAACCAGACCUUGACUUAUCAAACCAGAUAUAAACCAGACCUGGACACUUUAAACCAGAUAUAAACCAGACCUGGACACUUUAAACCAGACCUGGAAGCUUCAAGCCAUAUCUGGACUCAUUACACCAGAACUAAACCGUAUCUGGACAGUUAAAACCGGGCUUGAACCAGACCCAGACUCUUCAAACCAGACGUAAACAGAGUAGGACUUCCUGUCUCGUAGUCAGUCUGUGGUAAACUGCGUUAUUACCCAGCAUGCAUCAGUGUAUUAUUGUUUUUUUUACAGUUUUGUACCCUGAUCAGCUGAUUGACAUGAAUCAGUCUGAGGUGUGUAAACCAGACGGAUGUUGUGAUCAUGGUGGUGGUGAUGAUGAUGAUGGUGGUGAUGAUGGUGGUUCAUCUGUUUUCUCAGUAAAACCAGUCAGACUGAC